UUUCGCCUGCCGGCGCCGCCAUCUUGUGAAGCGCUGAGGCGGCGCAGGAGGAGGAGGUGGGGUGGGUUAGGAACAUUAUUGAGUGUAAAGUGGGAUUUUUAGUUUGUCAGGGGCAGCUCUGCACGCACUUGAACGACACUUACCCACAAUAAUUAAUUUGUGUGGUGGUUUUUAAAUCAAUAUUUUUAUUUAAAAAAAUCAUACAAUGUCCGGCGAAGGAAAUGCGGAGCAGGCCCCAGAGUAUGUUCCUGAAAAAGUGAAGAAGGCAGAAAAGAAAUUAGAAGAAAAUCCAUAUGACCUUGAUGCAUGGAGCAUUCUCAUACGAGAGGCACAGAACCAACCCAUAGACAAAGCGCGGAAGACCUAUGAGCGACUUGUUACCCAGUUCCCGAGCUCUGGCAGAUUCUGGAAACUAUACAUUGAAGCUGAGAUAAAAGCAAAAAACUAUGAUAAAGUUGAAAAGUUGUUUCAGCGAUGUCUUAUGAAAGUUUUGCAUAUUGAUCUGUGGAAAUGUUAUUUGGCCUAUGUGAGGGAAACAAAAGGCAAACUUCCAAGUUACAAAGAGAAGAUGGCCCAAGCAUACGACUUUGCUUUAGAUAAAAUCGGCAUGGAGAUUAUGUCUUAUCAAAUUUGGGUUGAUUACAUUAACUUCUUAAAAGGAGUGGAAGCUGUGGGAUCCUAUGCAGAGAAUCAAAGAAUAACAGCAGUUCGACGAGUGUAUCAGCGAGGCUGUGUCAAUCCUAUGAUAAAUAUUGAGCAGUUAUGGCGAGAUUAUAAUAAAUAUGAAGAGAGCAUCAAUAUUCACCUUGCUAAGAAAAUGAUUGAAGAUCGUAGCAGGGAUUACAUGAAUGCUCGGCGAGUGGCAAAAGAAUAUGAGACUGUAAUGAAAGGUCUAGACCGUAAUGCACCAUCAGUCCCACCACAGAACAGCCCGCAGGAAGCACAACAGGUUGACAUGUGGAAGAAAUAUAUCCAGUGGGAAAAGAGUAACCCACUUCGCACAGAAGACCAAACGCUAAUCACUAAACGAGUUAUGUUUGCCUACGAACAAUGUCUGCUGGUUUUAGGACAUCAUCCUGAUAUCUGGUACGAAGCCGCCCAGUACUUGGAGCAAUCGAGCAAAUUGCUGGCAGAAAAGGGGGACAUGAAUAAUGCAAAACUGUUCAGUGAUGAGGCUGCAAACAUCUAUGAAAGGGCAAUCAGCACUUUGUUAAAGAAGAACAUGCUGCUUUACUUUGCUUAUGCAGACUACGAAGAAAGUCGGAUGAAAUAUGAGAAGGUACAUAGCAUAUACAAUAGGCUAUUGGCUAUCGAAGAUAUCGAUCCAACGUUGGUUUACAUCCAGUACAUGAAAUUUGCACGAAGAGCUGAGGGUAUUAAGUCUGGUCGAUCCAUAUUUAAAAAAGCAAGGGAAGAUCCCAGAACGCGCCAUCAUGUCUAUGUCUCUGCUGCACUCAUGGAAUAUUAUUGCAGUAAGGACAAGGCAGUAGCCUUUAAGAUAUUUGAGCUGGGAUUAAAGAAGUAUGGGGACAUUCCAGAAUACAUAUUGGCUUACAUUGACUAUCUUUCUCAUCUUAAUGAGGACAAUAAUACCAGAGUUUUGUUUGAACGUGUGCUGACAUCUGGAUCCUUACCACCUGAGAAAUCUGGAGAGAUCUGGGCACGGUUUCUGGCUUUCGAAAGCAACAUUGGAGAUCUGGCCAGUAUCCUGAAAGUGGAAAAGAGGAGGUUUGCUGCUUUUAAGGAGGAAUAUGAAGGAAAGGAAACAGCCUUACUAGUGGACAGAUACAAGUUCAUGGACUUGUUUCCUUGUUCCAAUAGUGAACUUAAAGCUCUUGGAUAUAAGGAUGUUUCUCGAAACAAACUGACUGCCAUAAUUCCAGACCCCAUAGUGACCCCUUCAGCUGUAACUGUACUGAAGGAUGAGGUUGAUCGGAAACCAGAAUAUCCAAAACCUGAUACAAACCAGAUGAUACCGUUCCAACCCAGACACUUAGCACCUCCUGGCCUCCAUCCUGUUCCUGGAGGAGUCUUUCCUGUACCUCCAGCUUCUGUGCUACUUAUGAAACUGUUACCGCCUCCAACUUGUUUCCAGGGGCCAUUUGUUCAGGUUGAUGAACUAAUUGAAGUUUUAAGACGCUGUCAGUUACCAGAUACUGUCGAACAAGCUAUCGAGCUGAUCACUGGAGGCCAGCCUGAAAUGGUUAUUGAAGGAAAUGGACCUAUAGAAAAUGAUGCUGUGAUGAAAAAGCCCCUUAAAAGGGCAGCAAAUGAGGAUUCUGAUGAAGAGGAGGAGAAAGGAGCUGUGGCACCUCCUGUGCAUGACAUUUACAGAGCACGGCAACAGAAACGAGUCCGAUAG